AUGAAAGAGUUAACGACCAAACAGUUCUCUGAGCACUCUGUAAUGUUCACAGUCACCUUUGCCAUACAACAAAACUUCCAUUUAGAAGAUGAUUAUUGGUGUUACUAUUGUGCCUCGCCGCUCAAAAAUGUGCCCAGUGAUAUGAGAAAAACUAUUCAGCAAUUGUUGAAGGUGCGGCGGACUACUUACCCACAUGAUGUAGCCACUAAGCAUUGCAAUAACGCAAGGAAUGCCAGUUUGUGGGCUAAACAGAAAUGUCGUCAUCCUUACUGCGAGACGCUCUCGAUCGUCGAUCAUAACGAAGGAGCGGCAUUUGUGCUGCGAGGAUGUGCUGAGAAUUUUGGGGCAAUAGAUACGAAGACAUUGGAGCAGCAAGAUGGCAACACAUGUACAAAGCUUCACGAUCUCCUUGACAUACAAGAGUGCAUAUGUAAGACGCCCAGAUACUGUUAUGCUGGUCAGUCUCGACGACGAGCCGCUUCUUGGUCGGCUUAUUCAACUGUCAUUGUCUUCAUUCUCACCAUUUUGCUUGCUUUACAUUUAUGA